GAUGUCCUUGUGAACGGCAGCAGCAUCUCGGACUCGGGCUGUGAUCUGACGUGCCUGUUCGGACUGGUCUUGAGUAAGAGCAAAGUUCAGCCCGAGCACUUUCACAUGGUCACCCCGUGGAGCAAUUGUGAACAGCUCCUCGCCGAUCUUGAUUUUCCUUGCACCACAAUAGUACUCGUUGGCGACGAUUUUGGUUUUCUCAUUCGCAAGUCGCAAACCGGCACGUUGGAGACAUCUCCCAACAGCUCUGAUUCUGCGACCAAGCUUCGCAAGGUUUGUCUCCAGAAGGAACACGUCGUCCUGGUAGAAGAGGAGGCUGAGGUCAAGGUUCUCAAAGGGGGCUCCAAGUUCACCCCAUUGACGCGCUUGGACGAGCUCGGACAGGAGCGAGUCAACAGCCAGACCAAACAGUUCUGCGCUUUCAGGUGCCCCUUGCUUGAUCCCAACGUCAGGGCAGAUCCGGAUUUUAGAACCGCCAGGGACGACCCCAUGCAUAGUGUGAACUCUGAGUUGACAAAGCAUAUAACGGAGUUCUCUGCUGACACCGUUACCCCGAAGACGAUCGAGAAGGAGCUGUGCAAUUUUGCCUCGAUCAACUUGAUCAAAAGCUCCAGCUACGUCAAGCUUGAAAUGCUCGACCCUCUACGCAUGAUGGGAAGGCGACGGGAUUUUGGCCAAGAGAGCGAGGAAACUGUGUUCCCAACUGGCGGGGAUUUCCUGACGACUGACGAUCUGGUUAACGAGAGACAGGAGGCAUGGUCCAUGAUGAUCGUGUCCAGCAAUUGCACGAAGGAGAUGAACACCAAUCAUAUCAGGCCCAACUGCACUUCUGCACUUCAUGUUCUGGAGCUCGUAGAGGAUCUCGUGAAGCUGGAAGGGCACGAAGUCGUCCUGAAUCUGAGCAGAAUCCAAGAAGGAGUCGAGCUUGAGGUUCCAAGAAUCAUGUCGUCCUCCUGUGAGUUUGCCGGCGAGGUGUUCUUGCACGUGUUGUGUGAGCUGUUCAGAAGAACGACCUUGAAGAAGUUCACCCCACCAUCCACGUCGCCGGCGUUUCUCAUUUUGCAGAGCACGGUAUUGUUCCCAAUCGCCAGAGAGGAUACGUGCAAGGCGCUCAUCCUGCCACUGCUUACGGCAUUCUUUGCGGAGACGAUGUACACGUUUCCAGGCAUUUUUGCAGUUGCUGGCUCUGGCUUCAGCUGUAGCAACACGAACUUCGGCGGAGUCCUUGUAGGCACAGGAUGUUCUCGGGCGGGUGCAUGUCUUGGCAAUGUGCACGAUGUCAUCUUCCUCGAUAAUUUCGACAUCGUCAGGGAGGGGCUCUGA